AUGGCGUCAGACAGAGAUGCAAUGGAUCUGGAGAUGUUUCAAAGUCCACUGCAAGUAUUAUUAAAUGAAAAUGUUCACUUGAAAUGCAAGGCGACCAGCUAUACUGGUGGCCCUAUUGACCUAAAAAGGGUAGGAGUUCAGUGGAAGCUUGAUGGAGAAACAGAGGUGUAUUCUUUUUCGGGAGGUCAACAUAAUGUAAAGCGACUCGGAGCAGUAAUUAAUGAUAGCAAUUUACUGAAGGGAGAUGCCUCACUUUUCCUUCCGCGCGUACAGAUUGCAGAUGAAGGAAGAUACACUUGCAUUGUGUUCCUAACACCCGAGAGUGCAGAACAGACAUCAGAAAUGAAAGUAUCAGCUCGGCCAAAUGUUAGUUUAUCCACACGAUCUCUUACCAUUUUGAGUGGUUCAGAGAGCUCUGUGAGAUGUGAUGUGACUGGAUUUUAUCCUCAACAAUUGAAUAUCAGCUGGAUCAAAGUAACAAAGUGGGGCACAGAAAAUGUUUCAUUACAAAGAUACACAAAGCAGUUUGGGACAAGUAGUGAUAAAACAUUUUACGUAUCCAGUCAACUGAACAUGAAACCAACAAUGAAAGAUGAUGGUGACAAGUACAGAUGUGUAGUGGAGCAUUCAACGCUUCCUGAUGGACUCACAGUGGAAUGUGUACUCACUGUACGUGAUGAUCUCUACAUCGGGAGAAACAGAACUGUGAAUGAGCUUCGUGAUCGUUCAGUCCUCAGUUUGGCUAUAAUUUGUAAUGUGGUAUUAGUAUGUGGACUUGUCAUUGGAAUUUACAUUUGGAGAAAACGGUCAAAAGGAUUAAAGUACACCCUCUCAAAUGCUGAAGCCGGUAUUAACAAUCAAGGUGAACCUUCUGAUGAGAGUCAAAACCUGAUUGGGACAAAAAAUGAAGAACCCCUGAAUGUCACUAAGCAUCAGGAAAAUAACGCUGCAAAUACAAACCAAGAUGCAGAGGAUCCCUCAAAUGAGAAAGGAUCAGAGAACGAAUAUGAACAACCUGAAGGCACUGUUGGAAAUGGACAGCAAAAUGCACAGGAUGACUCGAAAGAGAAACGAACACAGAAUGAAUCGAAACAACCUGAAGUCACUGUUGGGAAUGGACAACAAAAUGUGGAGGAUGACUCAAAAGAGAAAGGACCACAGUAUGAAUAUAAGCAACCUGAAGACAUUGUUGGAAAUGGACAACAAAAUAAAGAGGAUGACUUAAAAGAGAAGGGAUCACAGAAUGAAUCGAAACAACCUGAAGUUGGGAAUGGACAACAAAAUGUGGAGGAUGACUCAAAAGAGAAAGCUGAUGAUGAUGCAGGACCACAGAAUGAAUAUAAACAGCCUGAAGACACUGUUGGAAAUGGACAACAAAAUAAAGAGGAAGACGUAAAAGAGAAAGGAUCACAGAAUGAAUCAAAACAACCUGAAGUCACUGUUGGGAAUGGACAACAAAAUGUGGAGGAUGACUCAAAAGAGAAAGGACCACAGAAUGAAUAUAAACAGCCUGAAGACAUUGUUAGAAAAGGACAACAAAAUAAAGAGGAUGACGUAAAAGAGAAAGGAUCACAGAAUGAAUCAAAACAACCUGAAGUCACUGUUGGGAAUGGACAACAAAAUGUGGAGGAUGACUCAAAAGAGAAAGGACCACAGAAUGAAUAUAAACAGCCUGAAGACAUUGUUAGAAAAGGACAACAAAAUAAAGAGGAUGACGUAAAAGAGAAAGGAUCACAGAAUGAAUCAAAACAACCUGAAGUCACUGUUGGGAAUGGACAACAAAAUGUGGAGGAUGACUCAAAAGAGAAAGGACCACAGAAUGAAUAUAAACAGCCUGAAGACAUUGUUAGAAAAGGACAACAAAAUAAAGAGGAUGACGUAAAAGAGAAAGGAUCACAGAAUGAAUCAAAACAACCUGAAGUCACUGUUGGGAAUGGACAACAAAAUGUGGAGGAUGACUCAACAGAGAAAGGACCACUGAAUGAAUAUAAACAGCCUGAAGACAUUGUUAGAAAUGGACAACAAAAUAAAGAGGAUGACUUAAAAGAGAAAGGACCACAGAGUUUCUCUGAACAACCUGAAACCACUGUCGGAAAUGCACAGCAAAAUGCAAAGGAUGACUCAAAAGAGGAAGGAUCACAGAAUGAAUCUAAACAACCUGAAGGCACAUUUGGGAAUGGACAACAAAAAGCAGAGGAUGUCUUGAAAGAAAAAGGAUCACAGAAUGAAUCUAAACAACGUGAAGGCACUUCUGGGAAUGGACAACAAAAAGCACAGGAUGACACGAAACAGAAAGAUGAUAAUGCAGGACCACAGAGUUCCUCUGAACAAGUUGAAUCACAUGUUGAGAAUGCACAACAAAAUGCAAAGGAUGACUCAAAAGAGGAAGGAUCACAGAAUGAAUCUGAACACCUUGAAAGUACUGUUGGGAAUGUACAACAAAAUGCACAGGAUGACACAAAUGAGAAAGGAUCACAGAAAGUCACUGAACAACCCAAAGCCUCUGCUGGGAAUGGACAAACAAGUGCAGACGAUGACUUGAAAGAGAAAGGAUCACAGAAAGUCUCUGAACAACCCAAAGCCUCUGUUGGGAAUGGACAACCAAGUGCAGAGGAUGACUCGAAAGAGAAAGGAUCACAGAAUAUCUCUGAACAAGCCAAAACCUCUGUUGGGAAUGGACAACCAAGUGCAGAGGAUGACUCGAAAGAGAAAGGAUUGCAGAAAGUCUCUGAACAACCCAAAGCCUCUGUUGGGAAUGGACAACCAAGUGCAGAAGAUGACUUGAAAGAGAAAGGAUCUCAGACAGUCACUGAACAACCCAAAGCCUCUCUUGGGAAUGGACAACCAAGUGCAGAGGAUGACUCGAAAGAGAAAGGAUCACAGAAAGUCUCUGAACAACCCAAAGCCUCUCUUGGGAAUGGACAACCAAGUGCAGAGGAUGACUCGAAAGAGAAAGGAUUACAGACAGUCACUGAACAACCCAAAGCCUCUGUCGGGAAUGGACAACCAAGUGCAGAGGAUGACUCGAAAGAGAAAGGAUCACAGAAAGUCUCUGAACAACCCAAAGCCUCUCUUGGGAAUGGACAACCAAGUGCAGAGGAUGACUCGAAAGAGAAAGGAUUACAGACAGUCACUGAACAACCCAAAGCCUCUGUCGGGAAUGGACAACCAAGUGCAGAGGAUGACUCGAAAGAGAAAGGAUCACAGAAAGUCUCUGAACAACCCAAAGCCUCUCUUGGGAAUGGACAACCAAGUGCAGAGGAUGACUCGAAAGAGAAAGGAUUACAGACAGUCACUGAACAACCCAAAGCCUCUGUCGGGAAUGGACAACCAAGUGCAGAGGAUGACUCGAAAGAGAAAGGAUCACAGACAGUCACUGAACAACCCAAAGCCUCUGUUGGGAAUGGACAACCAAGUGCAGAGGAUGACUCGAAAGAGAAAGGAUCACAGAAAGUCUCUGAACAACCCAAAGCUUCUGUUGGGAAUGGACAACCAAGUGCAGAAGAUGACUUGAAAGAGAAAGGUGAGUUGUGA